GUAGACAACAAGGCAACUAAUUUGGAAGCAAAACAAAAGAAUUGAGAAGCCCGCAAGUCAUCUGGAAUUUCCACUCUAUCUCUCCAACCCUUUUGUCUAAGGGAGUGGUUCUACUUUGUACCUGUCUGUCGACGUGCCUGGAUAUUUCAUCUAAAACUCUCGUUGAUUUCUGCACUUUUUAUUUCUCCAUUAACAAUUAUUACUCGCCCUUCGAAUCAAACAUCAUUCUCACCUGGGAUUUCAACCUAUCUGGUGAGAGUGAGACAACAUAAUGGCAGACUUACCUGGUUAUAUGGUGACUUGUGUGCAAAGUGGGAAGCUUGCUUUUCUGGCAAUUCUUGUAUCUGGAGGAAUUGUAUUGCAAAUUUUGGCAUGUGCUCUGUACAAUAACUGGUGGCCGAUGCUUACAGUUAUAAUGUAUGUCCUCCUCCCUAUGCCCAUGAUGUUCUUUGCUGGAUCUGAUGCCUCUUCGCUUUUUACAGAAGCCUCUGAUAACAGUUGGUUGAACGCGACCAAAUUUUUAACAGGGGCUUCAGUGGUUGGCAGUAUUGCAAUACCAACUAUCUUAAAGCACGCUGGUAUUAUUGGUUGGGGAGCCCUAACCAUGGAGCUUUCUUCCUUUUUUGUAUUUAUUUUAGCCAUUAUGUGCUUCAUGAAAAUGGAUGACUAUGAUGAAUAUGCUAGCCUUUGAUAUAUCUUGGUCUUGUUUUCGGUCCAGGAAGGUUGAUAUAUGUUCUUUAUGGGAUGUGUUUUUUCCCUUGUGUAUGUAAUUUUGUGAUGUGUAAUUAGUAAAUGAAAUUGUUUGUCACAAUUAUCAACUUCAAAUUAAGGUGGAGGGGUCGAGGAGGUUGUCAUUGCAAUUUGCAACUGUUAAUUUUUAGGAAAAUUGUGAUGCUUUCUUUUGCUUCAGCUCAUUAAUGGAAAAAUAUUGUUUUUGGCUCA